AUCUCAUCAAAUCGGAACCCAUUUGCAUUGGCGCUGAUACGCGCCUUCACCCAGUAUCCGCGCUCGAGGUGUGGACGUGGUGUGGUUGUUCCCUUUCGCAAGAUGGAUUCCCUAUUCCAGCUCCCUGAUGAACUGGUCCUUGCUACUCUUGUUCACUCGUUCCCUUGUCGUGAUUUACAGAUCAACGCUCUGGCGACCUUGUUAUUCCCAAAUGCAGCACCAUGCCGGAAUCUCGUCAUCCACGGCACCGAGUCUACGGGGAAGAGCGCUAUCAUUGAAUCCUUGCUCGAGAAACUCGCCGAGGUUACCGAGAGCUCGCAGACGGGCAAGCUGAAAUACGCGAUAGUCAACUCGAUAGAAUGUAUCACCGGCAGGCAUCUCUUCGAAAGAACCAUUGGCAAGGUGGCAGACGCAUUGGACUGGGACAACAGGCCGACACGAUGUGAAAAUAUGUCACGGUUGACAGUUGAACUGUCUAAGAUGCUACUGUCUCCUGACCAGCCGGAUGGCUUGCGUUUCGUCCUCGUCCUGGAUGCCAUUGAUCGCCAGCGCGAAGCUCCCCCGACUCUCCUACCAGCCCUCGCGAGGCUUUCCGAGAUAAUUCCGAGUCUCACCACCGUGUUUAUUGUGACUUGCCCGCCUGCUGGUCUUCUACAUACAUCCUUUGUGCCGCACAUCCACUUCCCGAACUAUACCAAGUCCGAAUUCGUUGCGAUUCUCUCCCUCAGCCCGCCUCCGACAUUGGCCAACACCACCAAAGAAGAAACGACGGAGCUCUGGGCUCGCUUUACCUCGGCCGUCCACGACACCCUAGCCCGGGCGGCCGUACGCACCCUCCCCGCAUUCCGCCACGCCUGCCAUGCCCUCUGGCCGCGGUUCACGGCGCCCAUCCUCGCAGGCACUCACGGCCCGCGCGAGUUCUCCAAGCUUAUAGUUGCAGCUCGGGUACACUUCCAAGACGAGACCCUCCUCGACCCAGGCAUCGUUGCCGCCGCCCCCUCCCACAGCUUCCCAAACCGCCAGCCCCCCUCCGCCGUUACCAGCGCCGCACCGAGUCCCGCCCGGGCGCCGCGCCCAGGCCCAAGCAACCCGACCGCCGCGCCCUCCCUCGCCGGCCCAGACCUCUCCAACCUCCUCCCGACGACGGCCCGCCUACUCCUCCUGGCCGCCUACCUCGCCUCCCACAACGCGGCCCGCCACGACCUGACGCUCUUCUCGACGCACCACCACGGGCGGCGGCGGCGGCGCGGCGGCCUCUCCGUCGCGGGGGGCGGCGCCGGCCGGCGCGGAUCCGGCGCCGCCGCGAGGGGCAAGCACCGCAAGAUCGCGCGCAAGCUGCUCGGCGCGCACGCCUUCGUGCUCGAGCGCAUGAUGGCCGUCUUCGCGGCCGUGAGGCGCGAGUGGGAUGCCGGAGGAGCCGCCGGGGCCGCCGAUGGGCCGAGAGCCGGGGCCGGCAUGGACGCCGACGUGGGGAUGGCGAUCGCGACGCUUGCGAGCCUGAGGCUGCUGGUGAGGGUCGGUGGCGGGGGCGUCGGCGGCGAUCCGCUGGACCGCGGGGGGAAGUGGAGGGUCAAUGUCGGGUGGGAGGUGGUCAGGGGGCUUGGGAGGAGUAUGGGUGUCGAGGUUGAGGAGUGGUUGAUCGAUUGAGUUUGCUUUGCGCCUCUAGUCUGGAUGCCUAUUAUUAAACCAACGGGACUUCCAAGGCGACUUUCAAGAGGCUUUGUGAGCCUGGUUCAUAUAGAGCUGGGCUCUGGCUGUCUAAUGUCUAUCGAGCCUAAUUCCUGUUUUGGUGUCUAAUGUCGUACAUGAUAUGACAUGUGUGCAAUAUUCAUACAGAUAAAGAAGAAAACAGACACCCUGUUUCGAACGCCAAUUACCCUCGUAUCUACCCGUGACACUCCCGAGUCCCUGCUCUAUGCCCUCUUGAUAAAAAGAU